GGCGUCAGGUGUCAAUAGUCCUAUAAACCCCCAACAAGGCGUCCACAUUGUCAUCCAGGUUUGGGAAAGGUUUGAAUUUAACCUUUAAAAGCUCGUCAGCAACAAUAUUUCAGCCUCGAACAUUGGAAAGUAGGACUCAACAAGAUCUUCAUUGUGGUGACCUUAACUAUACCACUAUUAAUUCUUCAUAUAUGACUGUUGGACUUGGACGAACUUAUUGAUUUGUGUGCCAGGAAUGGAGAGCACUGAAUCAAAUGACACUAUAGAAUUAAAUCAAGAAACAGAGACAGCUGGUAAAUCAGUUCAGGGCAGUGAAAAGUACCAGAAUGAAGACAAGAAAGAAGUGAUCAUAGACUCAUCUGACUUACUAAGUAAUGGGACAGAAUCUCAGACAUUGUCUAAAAGACAAAAGAAAAAGUUUCAGAAACGUCAAAAAUGGCUCGAUACUAGACAGGAACGAAAAAAGAAAGAAAAAGAGAAACUGCGUCAACGCCUGGAGGCUAAACGUGCAGCUGGUGAGCCCUGUGGCAACAUAAGGAAAAAACUUAAAGAAGUGACUAUGGCUGCUAGUAAUUGUAAACAACGAAUUGUUAUUGACAUGUCGUUUGACAACCUCAUGAUAGAAAAGCACUUGUGCCAGUGUGUAAAGCAAAUUAGUCGAUGUUAUAGUGCUAAUAGAAGAGUGUCAGACCCAAUGCAGCUCUAUGUGACCAGCUUUGAAGGGAAAUGUGAAACCAUCAUGGCCAAACAAAAUGGUUAUCAAAACUGGGAUGUAUUUUUCAAACAUGAAUAUUACAUGGAUAUUUUCCCAAAGGAAGAUAUUGUUUAUCUUACAAGUGAAUCUGAAAAUGUAAUCACAUCUCUGGAUGAUUCAAAAGUCUAUGUUAUUGGAGGUCUAGUUGAUCACAAUGUUUACAAGGGUCUUUGCCAUAAAUUGGCUGUUGAGAAAGGCAUCAAGCAUGCUAAGCUUCCAAUAGAUGAUUUCAUUGAGAUGAAGACUCGUAAAGUAUUAACUGUUGAUCAUGUAUAUCAAAUCUUACUUGGGGUUGCCACAGGAAAGUCGUGGAAAGACUCUUUCCUCUCUGUGAUACCUGCCAGGAAAGGUGCUACAAGUAAAGGUGAUGUCACCAAAGCCCAUUUAAAUGAUAUUGAUAGUGAUGAAGAAAAAGAUGUUAAACUUUCAGUAAACCAUGAAUGCAAGGCUACAAACUCAAUGGAAGCUGUAGAUAUGAUCAAUAAAAAUGGAAAUAGUUGAAAAAUAUAAUUAGUAUUUUUCUAGUCUAAAUACUAAAGUUAUGUGCAUUAAACUGCAGAUUAAUGGAAAAAAAUGUUUCACAUUUGAGCCAUACUCCAAUCCUGGAUAAUUUGUGCAUUAUUUUCAUAACUGUGUAAUGAUAAUUAGUGUUUUAAUUUCAUUAUACCAUUAUGGGGUGCCAAAUAUACUCUUAUUUAUGAGUGAAUAUACAUUAUCUACAACAAAUUACGCCUGCAAGUGCUACCAGAAAUCAAUAAAUCAUAACCAAUUAACUGAAAGAGGGAACUCGAGGAAAAUUUUGUUUGUGAAGCCUGUGGUAGAUUUUGCUUAUUAUUAAAUGCUAAAUGACCCAUGUGGGUCGCAUACUAUUUUUUAAUUAUUUCCACUUGCCCGGGUGGGAAAUGGACUAUGUGUUAAAAAAAAAAAAUUAUCAGGAAUGGCUUGCUGUAUAAUCUUUACAGGUUUAGCAACUGGUUAUGAUUAUAAUAAUAAUAAUCACGUUGAGGGGGAUCACACAGCACCUGCAGAAUGGAAAAUUAUGUUUGAUCAAAAAAAAAAAAAAAAUGGCAGGGGCUCCAAUUCCUUGAAUUAAUCAGCAUUAAUUCUACCCCAGUUUUUUUUUUUAAUGCAAGUGAUAAUUUGUUCCUUACUUUCCAUUUCAAUAUUCAAACAGCGUACAGUUCGUAUUCUUGUUUUCAUAUUUAUAGUGUAUAUAUUAGUUAACCAUAGUUCAAAUUCAGUAAGCAGGAGUGAAUUAUAAGUAUAGUUGAACAUUUAUUACUGAAACUGUAUUGGCAUACAGUAAUACUACUGGUGAUAUGACGAGACAUGUAAAAAAAAGUGAAUAAUUAUCUGAUGACUGUUUAUUCUAUUCUUAGUUUACACAUAUUUUAAUUUAUAUUAGAAAUAAAUUAUUGUAUUAUAUGUUCGAA